AUGUCUCCUGCACGCCCCGGCUCUCGACGUAACUCGUCCAGUGGUUUCAAACCGUAUACACGCGGUGUCACUCCUAUUAUGGUCCCAUCUACGCCCGAUGGGAUUCAGGAUAUGAAGCCGACUGGCCAUAACGAGCGACCAGGAUUCCCGACUUACGCGCAGUACAAACAGGUCGAGAAUACCUACAUCCAGUCGCUGACACCUCGGAGGCAAGGAAAGGCUCUUAUCUCGCAAGCUCUCUUCGAUCGUAUCUGGGACGUUCUCCAUCAACCCGAUGCUCCGGGAGAGACGGCUCAAUUCCGAUUCUGGGCCCGCAAGAUGUUCACUCUCAGCAAGACCCAUCGCGUUACUCUGGGCGGUACCGAUAACAGCGACGACGCUCCUCAAGAGGUCCUGCUCCACGACAAUCUCUUGGUCGCUAUCCAGGAACAGCUCUACGAUCUCCUUUGUUAUUGCCACGGAAGCACCGGACACGGCGGACGCGACAAGACUUGCGCGCUCAUCCGCAAGCACUAUACCUGGGUUCCAAAGGAUCUUGUCUCGAACUUCAUCAAGGCUUGCCCGACGUGCAUCAUGAAGAAGUGCGGGAACAUCGACUCCGCUGCUCUUGCGUCGCAGAUGGCCGAGCCAAGGGCCGAGGAAGCCAAUCUGUCCCCCUUUCGCGACUUCUUCCCCAGCUAUGGUCCCGAAACCACCGCUCCAUCUCCGACGCCGUCGUCUCCUGCUCCUGGAAUACCGUGGCCCACGAUGGGAGGUCCUCGCGAUCAUCCGAUGUCACCUCUUCUCGACAACGAUCCUCUGGAGGCGGCCUACCGCGAGGCGAUUCUCCGUGCCCGCGGAAUGAAACCCACCUUGGCGGGCGUCGGCUCUCCCAACUAUCGCGGGCUCCAAAGUGUACCCAUGACUCGGGAGGUAUCUUUGUAUAAGGGCCUUCCAAAUGGAUGGCAAUAUCGCUAUAACGACUACGCUACUGCUCAUGCCGAAUUCAUGAAGAUGAAAGACCUGUCGGUUGUCGAAGAUUCUCAUCUGCCUCUCGCCCAACGCCCUCGCGUUCCUAGUAUCCUGCCCCUCUUCGGUCCCGACCACUUUUCUGACGCUGGCUUUGGGAACAAUUCUGAUCUCGGCGAGUCGUCAAACCUUAUGCCGUCUUUGGAGCCUAUUUCUGGGUCCGAACAUCAGCAAUCCGACUGCGAGGUUUCGAUGCAGUACAUGUUGAUGUCACAGCAGCAACAACAAGUCAAGGGAGAGAUUUUCUUGCACCAGAUCGACCCGCUCCUCAUGCAGCUCUCGACGUCUGCUGGCUCGCACGACAAAUCUGAUGGCCCCCACCCACAGAUGGCGGAGGAUCUCUUCUCUGGAAACCUCGCUGCGUCAGCUAGCCUACCCUCGUCCUCUUCCAUCAAGCGCGCGGCGGCGCCUCCUCGUCUGAACCUCGAUUUCCCCUCCGAGAAGACCUUGCAGGCGCUCCUCGCCUACCGAGAGAAGGCCGGCGACACCCCUGACAGCCCGCUCAUGGCAUGGCAACCAGGCAACCCCAGCCCCACAAGCAGCGAGAGCUCUUGCUCAUCGCAGCUCUCUGCGUUCCCGACGAGCGCAACUACAAACCCCACCCCUACGAGCUCGGCGUUGCCGACCCCUGUGGACGAGUGCGAUCAGGGUGCGAAUAGUGAUGAACGCUCUGGGUUUAUGGCGAACGUGGUCAAGGGGAAGAAUAAGGUGGAGCCCGAAGUGGAGCCAACUGAGGCUGAGCUGAGCGAGAGCAUUCAAGUUGCAUGCGGUAUCUGA